AUGGGGCAAACUUCCAUCUCCAACGAUGCCACCUCACCCACAACGGACUCGAUAACUUCCAAUAUCGUCGUCACGUUGACGCAGACAAUACGACCACCAAUUGAUACUGUAACUCUCGAGGUCUCGGUCCUGAACGGCAAUGCUCAGCCGGCAGAAGAUGCAACAAUGUCCGUUGAAACUUCCUCAUACCGUGAUGAAACCCCCAAGCCAUCUCUCACCGACGCAGAAGAAGACGCCGAGUCACCUCUGGACAAUGCAAACUUUCUGUCUUUCGAAGAAUGGAAGAAACAGAAUCUCGCCAAGGUUGGGCAGUCGCCCGACGACAUUGGCCGUGGGCAACCUAUCGAUGCCAACCGCCCAAGACCUGGAAUCAACAACGCUCUGGACACUCUAGGCGAGGAGCAGGAGAUCAAUCUGGACUUUGCUGGCUUUGGAGGAGGUCCUCAAGUGCCCGUAGUGGACAGCCACCCAAGUCGGGGUGGGGUGCGAUCAUCCACUUUGACAUCACCUGAUCAGCAGGAUCUCGCAGCAGGUUCACUACGCUCAAAGGAUGCGGGAAAGACUUGCAAGGAGCGCUCCAACUACGCAUCGUUUGAUUGUGCUGCUACAAUUCUCAAAUCGAACAAAGAGUGCAAAUCGGCAUCCUCUGUGCUUGUGGAGAACAAAGAUAGCUACAUGCUAAACACCUGUUCUGCGGCGAACAAAUUCUUCAUCGYCCAACUAUGUGAUGAUAUCCAGAUUGAUACCAUUGUUUUGGCCAACUACGAGUUCUUCAGCUCAAGCUUUAGACACUUCCGGAUCUCUGUCUCCGAUCGCUAUCCCGUCAAGAUGGAAAAGUGGAAAGAUCUGGGCACAUUUGAAGCCCGCAAUACGCGCGAGAUACAAGCUUUCCUCAUUCAAAACCCCAUCAUAUGGGCGAGAUACCUGCGGAUCGAGUUCCUAUCUCAUUAUGGCACCGAGUACUACUGUCCAGUCAGUGUGCUGAGAGUCCACGGGACAACCAUGUGGGAAGACUACAGGCAUCAAGAAGAGGUUGCCAGAGGUGAGGACGAGGAGGCCACACUGGAAGUGGAGGCUUUGGCAACUCCUCCGGUGCUGCCGGCAGGUGUGGAGCCGACGUAUGAAGUCACCAAGACUGCGGCAGAGGUCGUUUCAAGUGAGGAAACCUUACCAUCUGUUCACUUUGAAAGCACACAAUCCUUACCGGCUACCAACUCUGCUCCGGUCGGUGAGGCAUCGCCCACACACGGGCACUCCGCCUCGAACGAUACGGGGUAUGAUGGAAGGAUGGCUGAGACUGAGACGAUCACAGAGGUCGCGGGCAAGCCGAACAUUACGAUCGCUGACACAGUGACGGAGUCGCCAGAGCCAUCGAAAGCUGUAACAAGUGCAUCGCAUUCCACAACAGGUGAAAUCGCGAAUGGACAUUCUAUAGCACAGAACGCGAACACUUCAAGUACGACAUCACCCCUCUCUCCCCCUGCCACAACCGACACCACCUUUGAACGCGGUCCCAAUGGAUCACAUACUACCACCACCCACGGUGACCGAAGCUCGUCACCAACGAACGAAACAUCGACCGUUCUCACAGAUCAAAGCAUAUCUUCAACUUCGACGGGUCCCGCGAAUCAAACCGCAUCAUCCACAAAUACAACACGUGCAGCGGCCUCGGUAACGGUGUCACAGCCGCCGCAGCCUUCCACUCAAGAGUCCUUCUUCAAGUCCUUCCACAAGCGUUUACAACAACUAGAGAGCAACAGUACCUGGAGUUUGCAAUACAUCGAGGAACAGUCGCGGAUCCUUCGCGACGCAUUCACCAAAGUUGAAAAGCGGCAGCUCGCUACCACCACCAAAUUCCUGUCCCAGUUGAAUAGCACGGUCAUGGCUGAGCUGCAUGGAUUCAGACAGUCAUAUGACCAACUGUGGCAAAGCACAGUCAUCGAGCUGGAAGGGCAGAGGGAGGCCUAUCAGAAUGAAAUGCUUGCCCUCAGCACAAGGCUGACAAUGGUCGCUGAUGAAUUGGUAUGGCAGAAGCGGAUGGGAAUCGUUCAGUCCACGCUUCUUCUGUUGUGUCUCGCAUUGGCCAUCUUCACACGAUCCGAAAAUGGCUUCUUGGRGGUGCCUCUGAUGCAACAAAUGAUGAACAGAUCGUCAACAGCACUGCGAAGUGGGUGGGAAUCUCCGCCGAAUAGCCCCUCUCCUGAUAGCCGGAGUCCAGUAAGCUUGUUCAGGCGGAGAAUAUGGCGCGCAGGUCAGGACGUCGAUCGAUCUGCCUCGGACACGGAGGUGAGCAGGCCACAGAGCCGUGAUCACCCUGACAUUUCCGUUGAGCCGCCGUCCCCGAACGCUGGCUAUACCCAAGAGGACUACUUCGAUGAGCAGGAAGACUCUCACAGUCCGCCAGGCCAGGAGCCAUGCCAGGGAAAGCGAACAAGUCCGAAAAGGCAGCGCAAGAAAGCGAAGAAACCACUGGCAUCUCCUCAUAGUCAUGGGAGAGCGAAGAGUCCUUUAGCGUUGUAG